GGUAGCGGGGAAGGGGCCGGAAGUCCGGCGGCUCCGGACAGCGAGAUGGACGAGAACGAGUACGAGUCUGUGCUGUGUGUCAAGCCGGAGGUCCACGUCUACCGCAUCCCGCCGCGGGCCACCAACCGUGGCUACAGGGCCGCGGAGUGGCAGCUGGACCAGCCGUCCUGGAGCGGCCGGCUGCGGGUCACUGCCAAGGGGCAGGUGGCCUACAUCAAGCUGGAGGACAGGACCUCAGGGGAGCUGUUCGCUCAGGCACCAGUGGAUCAGUUUCCUGGCACAGCUGUAGAGAGCGUGACCGAUUCCAGCAGGUACUUCGUUAUCCGCGUUGAAGACGGAAACGGGCGACGCGCGUUUAUUGGAAUUGGCUUCGGGGACCGAGGCGAUGCCUUUGACUUCAACGUCGCGCUGCAGGACCAUUUCAAGUGGGUAAAGCAGCAGUGGGAAUUCGCAAAGCAAGCCCAGAACCCCGACCAAGGUCCCAAAUUGGACCUGGGCUUCAAGGAGGGUCAGACCAUCAAGCUCAACAUUGCAAACAUGAAGAAGAAGGAAGGAGUAGCUGGGACUCCCCGAGCCCGGCCUGCCAGCACUGGAGGGCUGAGCCUACUUCCCCCUCCGCCGGGCGGCAAGACCUCCACCCUGACCCCUCCCCCUGGGGAGCAGUUGCCUGGGGGCGGAUCCCUUGUCCAGCCGGCAGCUGCUCCUGGUUCAGGAGGUGCCACUGUGUCCUGGCCACAGCCCAAGCCUGCCACUGCCGCCUCUGCCGACAUCUGGGGAGACUUCACCAAAUCCACAGGGUCAACUUCCAGCCAGCUUCAGCCGGGGACAGGCUGGGUCCAGUUCUGAACACAGCUCCUUUUCCUCCUGUGACUUCCGGGAAGCAGCCACUUCAGCUGGGCGCAAGGAAGGAGGAAGAAGCCCUCCCCGCCAGCCUGUUGG